AUGAUCCCAUUCCCACCAUCCACCGACGAACUCGAUAUGACCCACAGCCGGGCGUCUACAACGACGGGUUCAAAGAACCGUCGAAGUCAAAAUUCCCGUAGGGCACUCAUGAGAGAUGCGAUGCCAAGAGGCCAAGGAAGACAGCACGUCUGUAGGCUCACAACUCAACCCACCCCACAUUACAUUCUGUAUGGCCUGUUUGGAUGGAGGACAAAGUCAUACGGAAAUGGUGCAGAUGCGGGUGGUUGGUUUGACUACAAAAGUGAAGGAGGCCCGCUGUCGGCAUCUUCUCUUGGUGAUUACCGUUAA